UAACUGUUUUGGCCUACAGGAGCCAGGAGGGUACUAUAAAGUUGUGCAACGUAUCUAGUUAUCUACAUAGUCACACCACCCAACAUACAUAGAAUUCCUGAAUCUAAACCUUAACCUUGUUCACGAAAAAUUCGAUAACAACCAAGUAUGGUAGUAAAGGUGUAUGGUCCAGCAUAUGCUUCCCCAAAACGGGUGCUAGUGUGUCUGAUUGAGAAACAAGUUGAGUUUGAAACAGUGGAUGUUGAUCUUUUCAAGGGGGAACAUAAGGAACCUGAGUUCCUCAAGUUACAGCCUUUUGGAGUUCUUCCUGUUAUUCAAGAUGGUGAUUAUACUCUCUAUGAAUCUCGUGCAAUAAUCAGGUACUAUGCCGAAAAGUACAGAGAUCAAGGGACUGAAUUGCUAGGAAAGACAAUAGAAGAAAGGGGUCUAGUGGAACAAUGGCUUGAAGUUGAAGCCUACAAUUUCCAACCUCCAAUCUACAAAUUAGUGGAGAAUAUUCUAUUUGCCCCAAUUCUGGGUGUUCCCUCAGAUGCAAAAGCGGUUCAAGAGAGCGACGAAAAGAUUGCCAAGGUUCUUGACAUAUACGAGGAGAGGUUGUCGAAAGCCAAGUACUUAGCUGGGGAUUUCUUCAGCCUUGCGGAUCUUAGCCAUCUGGCGUUUGGUCAUUAUCUUGUGAACCAAACCGGGAGAGGGAAUUUGGUUAGAGAAAGGAAGCAUGUGAGUGCUUGGUGGGAUGAUAUUAGCAACAGGCCCUCUUGGAAGAAGGUUCUUGAUCAACACAAGUACCCUGUCUAAUUUGUUUCUAUGAUCUAGUUAAGAACAUAAUCAGAUAAAGCUACCAUGCUACCAAUAAGGAUCAUAAUUUGUUUUUCUAGAUUGCUUUUGUGUGUUUAUCAUGAUGGGUGUGCAAUAAGUUAUUACAUGAGAAAUGAGAAUAAAUAUCUUGUGUUGUUGGAGCUUC